GGCGUCUCUGCGCAUGCGCCGCUGCUGCGGUGCGCAUUUCCUGCUGCUGCGCCUCUGAUCCGGAGCCAUGGCGCUGCUCGGAGCGGCUUUCUCUUCUCUUCUCUUCAGUUCCGCGGUUGCUUUGGUGCAGGACCUCGAUGACACGUUUAAAGACAGCAGGAUGGAGGACGUCUGGCUGGUGGAUUUCUAUGCUCCGUGGUGUGGAUACUGUAAGAAGCUGGAGCCGAUCUGGCAGGAGGUGGGAGCGGAGCUGACACGCUCGCAGUCGCCGGUCCGAGUCGGAAAAAUGGACGGCACGGCAUACUCAGGUGUGGCGUCGGAGUUCGGCGUGCGAGGAUAUCCCACCAUUAAACUGCUGAAGGGGGAGCUGGCGUAUAAUUACAAGGGACCAAGAACCAAAGAUGACAUUAUUGAGUUUGCCAACAGAGUGGCUGGGCCAGCCGUGCGGUCGCUGCCCAGCAGACAGAUGUUCGAGCACGUCUUGAAGAGGCACAGUGUGUUGUUUCUGUAUGUGGGAGGCGAGUCUCCUCUGAAAGAGAAGUACACCGAGGUGGCGUCUGAGCUCAUUGUGUACACCUAUUUCUUCUCUGCGUCUGAAGACGUCUUACCAGAGUCUGUGGCUUUGCAUGAGUUGCCUUCAGUGGUCGUCUUCAAAGAUGGAACCUAUUUCACAUACGAUGAGUAUGAAGACGGCAGCUUGUCGUCCUGGGUGAACCGAGAGCGAUUCCAGAGCUACCUGCCGAUCGAUGGAUUCACGCUGUAUGAGCUGGGAGAGACCGGUAAGCUGGUGGCGAUCGCUGUUACUGAUGAGAGAGAUCCGACAGAGCGCAGCAGCAGGUUGAAAGGUCUGAUCCAGAGAGUUGCUACUGAACACAGAGAUCAGUUCAACAGGGAUUUCCAGUUUGGCCACAUGGAGGGGAACGACUAUAUCAACAGCCUGAUAAUGGGCGAGGUGUCUGUGCCCAGCAUCAUCAUCCUCAACACCUCAAACGAGCAGUACUUCGUGCCGUCGGAGCCUGUGGAGGAUCUGGAGCAGCUGCUGCGCUUCUUCAGCAGCGUUCUGGACGGCAGCGCUCCGGCGUUCGGAGGAGACGGGAUAUUUCAGAGGAUCAAGCGCGUGGCGUACGAUGCCAGAUCCACCAUAAUGUCGGUGUUCCGCAGCUCUCCGCUGCUCGGCUGCUUUCUCUUCGGUCUGCCGCUAGGCGUCAUCAGCCUCAUGUGCUACGGCAUCUGCACGGCUGAGUCUGACGAUGACACGGAGCUGAUGAAGAGAGAUGGCUUCACGGACGAGGAAGAGGAGGAGGGCGAGGAGGAAGAGCAGCAGCGGCUGACGGCCGGAGCAGAGGGAGAGGAGGACGAAGACGCAGAGAAGAUCGAGCAAAAGAGUCCGACUGAAAAAAAGGUGGAUUAAUGAGAAACGAAGGCCUAGAAUCUCCUCACUGGGUUUCAUUGGAUUAUUCGUUUUCUAAUUCUUUAUUUUCAGAGUUUCCCUAAAUGUACGCCAAAUUCAAAGUCUUGUUUCUGAAAACUUCAGGAGCACUCUUGGAGCUUCGCAUGUGACUGUACUGAGUUACAAAAGCACACCGACGCAAACACUGACUGUUCUAAAGGGGCAGGUCUUUGUGCUUAUUAAUAAUCAUUACUGUAAUAAUGUGCCCUUAUGAGCCGUUCUCUAUCGUCACUUUAAAUCAUGCGUGGAGUGCAGCUGAGACGUGCUAAACGACCGAUCUCUCACUGGACUCGCUUCCUACUCGCUCUGUUAUGUUUUGGAUGAGAAAGUGCAGUUACUGUUGAUCUAGACUUGAUCUCCGGAGGAUUGUUUACAUGAGAUUUGUUACGUUAUCAAAGCAUAAUGACCGCACAUGGAUGCUUUUCUCCUGCUUGCUUCACAGAUGUGAUCUCACAGAAUGUAGGCGUCUAGUGAAGCUAUUCUAGCUUAUGAUCUGUUUAUUUCUCUGUGAAAUGAUGAAGGAAGGCUUGGGUUUUCUCAUAUGCACUGAACACAUUCACACACAGCAGCUUCAGGUUCAGUUGAUGUUUUUAAUAGUCUCAGUCCUGGAGAAAACAUCAUCUUCUGUAGGUGCUACGUUUAACAUUAAACAGCAGGUAGGCUCAGUGUAUGUGUUUUACAGAUAUAAGGCUUUAUAUGUCAGCUGUUCUCAGCAACGAUUACCACAAUUUACUCCGUAACUGUUAAGUUCAUGAAAAAUUAAAGAUGCAGAACUUUUAUUUAGAUUCUCAAAACUACAGCAAAUCACUGUAAACGGUGUAUGUGAGCGAUCUUCAGACGAGCUUCAUCUGAUCUCAGACACGCAUCGAGCCAAAGCUGUCCUUACACAAGAA